GGAAAAACUCGGCGAUACCUGUCUCCACUUGCCGUUGCAUGGACAACACCCGUGAAGCCAAAUAUUCAAUCGCUUCACGACACAUGAAACGCUACAUGCAGACUCGUUUUGGAUAAAACUAUGAAACUGGAAAGGUUGUAGGUGCAAUAUCAGAUGGACGACUAGUUUAAUUCUGGAGUUUCACCUGAAGCCGAAAGAGUUCCUCGAAGAGUUUCACACGGGACUCAAAAGUUUGUCAAGGUGUGAUACAGGAAGUACGUCUAAAUCAUCAUGGGGAGCAAGGAGAAAUAUCACUGGCAGACCCAGAAUGUGAAGGUCAGUGGUGUGGAUGACAUGGUCCUCUUGUCUAAGAUCACAGAGGACGCCAUUACAGACAACCUCAAGAAGAGAUACAUGGAUGAUUACAUUUUCACAUACAUCGGUCCUGUUCUGAUAUCAGUGAACCCUUUUAAACAGCUGCCGUAUUUCACAGACCGAGAGAUUGAACUGUAUCAGGGAGCUGCACAGUAUGAGAAUCCACCCCACAUCUACGCUCUGGCUGAUAACAUGUACCGCAACAUGAUGAUCGACUCUGAGAACCAGUGUGUCAUUAUAAGUGGAGAGAGUGGAGCGGGGAAAACAGUGGCAGCCAAAUACAUCAUGAGCUACAUCUCCAAAGUGUCUGGGGGUGGACCCAAAGUUCAGCAUGUUAAAGACAUCAUUCUGCAGUCUAACCCGCUGCUGGAGGCUUUUGGGAAUGCUAAAACCGUCAGAAACAACAACUCCAGUCGCUUUGGAAAAUACUUUGAAAUUCAGUUCAGCCGAGGAGGAGAACCUGAUGGGGGAAAGAUCUCUAACUUCCUGCUGGAAAAAUCCAGAGUAGUGUCUCAAAACAAUGGAGAAAGGAAUUUUCAUAUAUACUACCAGCUUUUGAAAGGAGCCACCAAAGAGCAGAGAGAGAAUUUAGGAGUCACGACUCCUGAUUACUACUUUUAUUUAAACCAGUCCGACACCUACACUGUGGAGGAUGUCAACGACAAGAAGGAGUUUGAAGACACAAUGAAUGCCAUGUCGGUGGUAGGCCUGUCAAUGGAUGCGCAGGACUCGGUGCUGCAGAUCGUGGCAGGCAUCCUCCAUCUGGGCAACAUCGCUUUCAGAGAGGAGGGCAACUAUGCUGUGGUGGAGAGUGAAGACUUUUUGGCAUUCCCAUCAUACCUGUUGGGGAUCAAUCAGGACGGUUUAAAGAGCAAACUGACCAGUCGUAUCAUGGACAGCAAGUGGGGUGGCAAGACGGAGACCAUUUCUGUCACCUUAAACACGGAGCAGGCCUCCUUCACCAGAGACGCCCUGUCCAAAGCACUGUAUUCAAGACUCUUCGACUAUUUGGUUGAUGCCAUAAAUAAAGCAAUGCAGAAGGACCGUGAAGAGCUGAACAUUGGCGUUCUGGACAUCUAUGGCUUUGAAAUAUUUCAGAAAAAUGGAUUCGAGCAGUUCUGCAUCAACUUUGUGAAUGAAAAGCUCCAACAGAUUUUCAUUGAGCUCACACUAAAAGCAGAGCAGGAAGAGUAUGUACAAGAGGGAAUCAGCUGGACCCCCAUUGAGUACUUUAACAAUAAAGUAGUAUGUGAUUUAAUUGAGUCCAAACUGAAUCCUCCUGGAAUCAUGAGCAUCCUGGAUGAUGUUUGUGCAACCAUGCAUGCCAAAGGCGAGGGCGCUGACCAAACCCUUCUGCAAAAACUGCAGUCACAAAUCGGCACACAUGAACACUUCAACAGCUGGAACAAAGGUUUUGUUGUGCACCACUAUGCCGGCAAGGUGUCUUAUGAUGUGAGCGGCUUCUGUGAGAGAAACAGAGACGUGCUGUUCAGUGACAUCAUCGAGCUCAUGCAGAGCAGCGAGUUUGCCUUUAUUAAAGGUUUGUUCCCAGAGAACAUUGAGGCUGAGAAAAGGGGUCGUCCCACUACUGCAGGUUCAAAGAUUAAGAAACAGGCAAAUACUUUGGUCCAGACGUUAAUGAAAUGCACCCCUCACUAUAUUCGAUGCAUCAAACCCAAUGAAACCAAGAAGUCUCGCGACUGGGAGGAAAGUCGUGUAAAACACCAGGUGGAGUAUCUGGGACUGCGAGAGAACAUCCGUGUGCGCAGGGCCGGUUACGCCUUCAGACGCAUCUUCAAAAAAUUUCUGCAUAGAUAUGCCAUCUUGACCAGAGAAACAUGGCCUCAGUGGCGUGGAGAUGAGAAACAGGGUGUCCUGCACCUUUUAAAAUCUGUCAACAUGGACUCAGAUCAGUACCAGCUGGGCAAAACCAAAAUCUUCAUCAAGGCUCCAGAAUCUUUGUUCCUGCUGGAGGAGAUGAGGGAACGAAAAUACAAUGGAUAUGCUCGGGUUAUUCAGCAAGCCUGGCGCAAACACAUUGCUGUACGGAAGUAUGUCCGUAUGCGAGAGGAAGCUUCUGACCUCCUGCUGAACAAGAAGGAGAGACGAAAGAACAGUCUGAACCGCAAUUUCGUCGGAGAUUACAUCGGCACAGACAACCAUCCGGAGAUUCGGCAGUUUGUGGGUCGAAGGGAGAGAGUUGACUUCGCUGAUGUGGUGGUCAAAUACGAUCGCAGAUUUAAGAGCGUCAAGCGGGACCUUAUUCUCACCCCUAAGUUCCUCUAUCUGAUUGGACGCGAGAAGGUGAAGCAGGGUCCUGAGAAAGGCCAGAUUCGUGAGGUCUUGAAGAGGAAGAUCGAGGUGGAGAAGAUCCAGUCGGUCUCUCUGAGCACACUACAGGAUGACAUCUUCAUAUUGCACGAGGAUCAGUAUGACAGUGUUCUGCAGUCUGUCUUUAAGACUGAAUUCCUCAGUCUGCUGUAUAAGCGGUUUGAGGAAAAAACUAAGAAAAAGCUCCCGCUGAAGUUCAACAACCUACUUGAAUUUAAGGUGAAGAAAGGAGGAUGGGGUCCGUUUGCAUCUGCUGGCUCUCGACAGAUCCAGUUUCAGAUGGGUCAAGGGGACGAUGCUGUUCUGAAGCCCAGUAGCAAGAUUCUAACUGUCAGUAUUGGGUCUGGUCUGCCUAAAAACACAAGACCCACACGUCGGGACAACCGAAAGAGCAGCUUCAUGGGCAACCAGAAUCGCAGUGCAGGACAGUAUUCACGGGAAGCUCCUAAGUCUGCUGGUCGAGGCAGAGGGCAGCCAGCCGUCAGACACUCUCUACUCCGCCAGCAGUCCACUAUGGAUCAGCCGACCCUUCCCAGACUCCAGGGAUCCGUGCGCAGUCAGAGAGAGAGCCAGGUCUACACUGAUAUGGGCUUCAUGAAGGUUCCUGAUCAAGGCGUGGCCGGGAUGCAUCGCAGACGCUCAAAAGAGUACAAGCCUCUUCCAGGAUCAGGACGUCCUAAACCCAGUCCCAAACCUGUACCCCGCACCCCACGGUGCAAAGCACUGUACACUUACGAUGCUCAGGACACGGAUGAGCUCAGCUUUCAACCAGAUGAUAUCAUAGAAAUCCUAAGUGAAGACCCUUCAGGUUGGUGGCAAGGUCGUCUUCGAGGAAAGGAAGGCAUGUUUCCUGGCAACUAUGUGGAGAAGAUGUAAACUGGCAUGCUAUUGGACAAAAUGUGAUUCAUAGCAGAAAUUAGAUCAAGAACAAAGCAUCAGCUUUAAAACAGAUCAAAUCCCCCAGUGCGUGGAGGUUUUCUGCAGAAGAUAUAUUAGCAGCUCUAAUGAAAAAAUACUUUUAGACCGACAAACCUAUAGAAAUCAAAUGAGCUUUUAUGUGAUUUAUUUUUAAUAGAAAGAAAUAUUAUGUAGAAGACCAUUUAUAAUGCUGUUUCAAUGUGUUACCCCUUAAAAAACACUAGAUUAUUUUAAAUGUCUUUGGAGAAAAGAAUGAGUACAUAAACAUUUUAAUGUACUGUAUUUUACUGAAGUUGUAUUUUUAAAGAUCCAAUUUCUACUUUUUGUACCGAUACUGUGCCGUUGUGUAAAUCAGAAAAGGCUGUUUUCAUAUACACAGAAAGACAAAUAAAACAUUAUUUGUUUAAUUUA